AUGCCACCGCCCUCGCUCCCUUCCUCAUCUUCGUCCUCCUCCCUCGCUCCUCCCUCGACCCCUUCCUCCUCCCUCACCUCGAAACCCACUCCACCUCCCCCCACCCCUCGAGUCCCCCACCUCUGGAUCUGCGAAGGUUGCUUCAAAUACACCCGCAGCUACGCAGCCUGGUACGCUCACAAGCAUAAAGAAUGCAAGCAGCACCAUCCACCAGGGCGAAAAGUCUACCAGAGGGGAUCUCACAUCAUCUGGGAGGUGGAUGGCGCAAAGGAGAAGCUCUACGCCCAGAAUCUGAGCUUGUUUGGCAAGCUGUUCAUCGACCACAAGACAAUCUACUUUGAUGUUGAGCCCUUCGUCUUCUACAUCGUGACGGACGCUGCCACGGCUAGCUUCGACUACGUGCUGGGCUUCUUUAGCAAGGAGAAGGUGUCGUAUGACGAUUACAACCUGGCGUGUAUCAUCACGUUUCCGCCUUUCCAGAAGAAGGGCUUCGGCACCCUAAUGAUCGAGUACAGCUACCAUCUUUCCCUCACCUCAGGAAUCGCCGGCACGCCAGAGCGACCUCUCUCCGAGCUAGGAUUCAAGGGUUACCUCUCCUACUGGUCGGCUGUUGUGCUACGUACGCUA